UUUCUGAAUUGCGAUUCCGCUUAGUUGUAGUUCUCUGUUCACGUCCACCUCCUCUUUCCUCCACAGGACCAGUGCCGUGGAUGGUUGGGUGUUAGUGCGUGUUUGUUUUGCUCUGAUGGCGAACAUGAGCAGUAGUGUGUGCAUGGAAACCCCACACACUCAUGGCCACACCCAUGGCCACACCUACAACUAUAACCCCACCCCCGGGCGGGACUUUCCUCUGCAGAUCGACUCGUGCGUGAACCCCGUGUUGGACUACAGCGCGCAGAUGGAGCGAUACCGCUCAUUUGCCACCUUCUAUAAGAACAGCACAGCCGCCGCGGCCGCUGCUGCCGCCACCCCAUUUCCCCAGAACGCCAAAAUCACCCGAAUCGCCACGCCCCUCUUCCCCUCAGCCCGCCUGUCAGCGAUGCCACCCUGGCCCUGCGACAACGCCAUGCUAUGGGGGCGAAAGCCCACCUCGGUUAAUGUUAACGGACCUCACACACAUCGGACUGGCAUGUCGAGGGCGGAGCCGGUGAACAUGCACAUGUCCGCCAAACACAUUCCACAAGACUCCGCCCUCCCGAUGGGCGCUGACAACUUCCUGUCGCCGCUAGCUGCGGAGCAAUGCUGCGGUCUUCCCGUAACGGGGGCCGAGUGCAUGAACCGACUGAAGUGCCCGCCGCCUAGUGGAGCCGGAGAGGCAGACCGAGGCGGGACAUUCGGAGGGAUGCCCCCGUUGGGGGGUCUGUCGCUGCCACCGGGGGUCAUCGUCAUGACGACGCUUCACUCCGGUGCAGGGUCGUCGGGGGUCACGAUGUCAGACAGCGCGUUUCAGAUAAAUGCUUGUGCUCUUUAA